GGAUGCGUGCGUCGAGUUUUCAUAGUGUGUGACAAAGACAAGGUCACAGACGAAGACUUCCAAAGGUGGAUGAUUGAAAACAAUCCACCAGAAGAGAUAAUUUUGAGAUACGAAGGUAAGAAAGGAUAGGAAUGGGAGCAGAUGGUGAAGACAGAGAGGCAUUUUGUGCUAGUCCAUGGAGCCUGUCAUGGAGCAUGGUGCUGGUAUAAGGUGGCAACUCGGCUUAAAUCGAUGGGUCACAGGGUUACAGCCAUGGACAUGGCUGCUUCCGGGGUCCAUCCAAAGCAAGUUCAUGAGGUUCAUUCGUUUUCUGAUUACUUUGAACCGUUGAUGGAAUUCAUGGCGUCUCUCCCACCAGAGGAGAGGGUGAUUCUAGUAGGCCACAGCAAGGGUGGAUUCUGCAUAUCUGCUGCCAUGGAAAGAUUUCCAGAAAAAAUUUCUGUCGCAGUAUUUGCCACUGCUUUUAUGCCGGGUCCAAAACUCACUUCUCAAACUCUAUCUCAAGAGGUGAAUGAAAGAUUGGAUUCUGACAAGUUCAUGGACGCGCAAUUUGGGUUCCAUAAUGGGCUAGAUGAGCCUGCAACCUCACUACUCUUCGGACCCAAUUUCAUGGCAUCCAAGUUAUACCAAUUAUCCCCUCCCGAGGAUUUAACGCUUGCACUAACUUUAGCCAGACAUGUUGGUUUCCAUAAAGAUGAAGAAUCAUUCAAGGCUACUGCGGUCACCAAGGAGAAAUACGGAUCAGUGCGUCGAGUUUACAUUUUGUGCAACAAAGACAAUAUCAUAAGAGAAGACUUCCAAAGGUGGAUGAUCGGAAAUAGUCCACCAGAUGAGGUAAAGCUGAUUGCAGACUCUGAUCACAUGGUUAUGUUUUCCAAACCAAACGAGCUGUGCUCCUGCCUUCAAGAAAUUGCAGAGAAAUAUACUUGAGCGUGCUUGCUGUUAGGAACUUGUCACUACUUAGAAUUUGCUCAAGUCCACUGUUAGCCUGCUUGAUUGAAACAGAUGCAAUAAAAUGAAUAAAUGUCAAACUUUCAUUGUUUUAUAUUAGUGGCCUACUUAGUUUGUGUUGUUGA